UCAGAGCUCCUGGAUCCAUCAUACACACCAAAAAAAUCAUCAGCAUGGAGGUUCCACACAUGGCCUGCAGCGUGAGCAGCCCCACCAGUCCGUGUGACGACGUGAUCAAGAACCUCAGCCUGGACUCCAUCCAGCUUUGUGGUCGAGAAGGAAAUAAGUCCCAGGACUCGGGCAUUGCAGAGAUGGAGGAGCUUCCUGUUCCUCAGAACAUCAAGAUCAGCAACAUCACGUGUGACUCCUUCAAGAUCUGCUGGGACAUGGACACCAGGACCAAGGAGCGGAUCACGCAUUACUUCAUCGACCUGAACAAGAAGGAGAACAAGAACGCCAACAAGUUCAAACACAAGGAUGUGCCCACUAAACUGGUAGCGAAGGCUGUACCCCUGCCCAUGACAGUGAGGGGUCACUGGUUCCUGAGUCCACGCACCGAGUACACUGUAGCCGUGCAGACGGCGUCCAAACAGAGCGACGGAGACUACGCCAUCUCCGACUGGAGCGAGGUUGUGGAGUUCUGCACGGCGGAUUACUCCACGGUCCAUCUCACACAGUUGCUGGAGAAAGCCGAGGCCAUCGCGGGCAGGAUGCUCCCGUUCUCCGUCUUCUACCGCAACCAGAACAAAGAGUACUUCGACCACGCCAGGCAUGCGCAGAACAACAAGAUGCUGCCGUCAGUGAAGGACAACAGCGGCAGCCACGGAUCCCCCAUCAGCGGCAAGCUGGAGGGCGUAUUCUUCAGCUGCAACACCGAGUUCAAUACAGGCGCGCCGCCACAGGACUCGCCGUACGGCCGCUACCGCUUCCAGCUGCCCGCCGAGGCGCUCUUCAACAGCAACACCAACCUGUACUUCGGCGACUUCUACUGCAUGUACACGGCGUACCACUACGUCAUCCUCGUCCUGGCGCCGCGCGGCUCCACGGGCGACGAGUUCUGCAAGCAGAGGCUCCCCCUGCUGGACGCCUCCGACAACCGCUUUCUCACGUGCGUCGAGCUGGAGGACGGGCGCCUGGCGUUCCAUCACGCCCAGGACCUCAUCCUGGAGGUCAUCUUCACGGACCCGGUGGACCUGAGCCUGGGCGCGGUGGCCGAGAUCAGCGGGCACCAGCUCAUGAGUCUGUCCACGGUCAACGCCAAAAAGGACCCGAGCUGCAAGACCUGCAACAUCAGUGUGGGACGCUGAACUCCUGGUGCCCCCUAGUGUUCGGAUUAGCACAUUACACCUUGUCAUGUUUGUUUUUACCUUGUUUAAGUUUCCAGAAUGUCCUUUUAGAAGUCUUGAGGCUUCACGGUAGCACGUGUUUCAGCUUUUUACCAAACACACGCCGCACUCGUUUUGUUUGUUUGUUUGUUUGUCCGAAACGUUCCAUAUUUAACCCCUACUGGCUGUACAAUGUUCGUCAUAGAGCUGCAACGUACUAUUUUGCCAAAGCCGACAAAUGAUGUAGCCGAUCUAAACGAGGCGCUAAUCUAGAGGUAGCCGUGGCCGCCGCAUGACCCGCGGCUUUCCUUGUUAUUCGUACGGACCCAGCCGCUAGCACACUGUAUUCACCGCGUAAAUAAAGACGCCAAGCUGUAGAAAUAGAAAAA